AUGUGUGUACCCGGGAUUCACUGGCCGUACGCCUACCAAGCUGGACACACAUUCGGCGCGCCUUUCACUAUGCAUAUUGAGGAUUAUUGGCUACUCUCAGUCAACUACCUCUAUACAGGAGAGAAGAUUUGGACUACAGUGUCGUCAGAGAACGGCCACCUCUUCGAACAGAAGCUUAAAGCAACCAACGGCUCUCUCUACUCAUCCGACUGUGCGCAAUUUCUACGCCACUCUGCAACAUACAUUUCACACAAGACACUUGAGGAAUGGGGCAUCCCCUACAGUCUUGUCCAUCAGAAUCCUCAUGAGGUUAUCAUAACCUUUCCUCGGGCUUACCACGAGGGGUUCAGCGCCGGUUGCACGAUCGCAGAAGCCGCCAAUUAUGCCGAUGCGAGCUGGAACUUCGAUGGCUAUCGUGAUUGCGAGACACAGAGUUGUCCUGCUGGGUUUAUCGAACGUGAAAUGAUGUGUUGGCGGGGGGAGGAUGAAGAGCAGCAGGAGCAAGAGGAAGACAUGAAUGGCGAGGAGGACGAGGAUGAGGAGGAGAGAAACGAUAGCUACAAUAGUACUGACAAUGACAACGACUAUAAAGCAAGUGGUGCACGAGACAAGAAAACACUUAAGAGGCCGGCAGAGAGAGGUGUUGUUGGGCAAGGAAUGAGACUGAGACAAGGGGCGGAUGGCGUCUCGAGUAAGCCGACAUCUAAGGGGAAGGGACACAAGAGAAAAUCGAAUGACCAUGGGAUGGGGAUCGAAAGCAGCAAGCGAUCCAAGAAGUGCCUACCGUUCGAUGCUAACAGUUCCAAGUUUUUCGAGGAAUUGCAACACAUCCCCCAAAGCAGCAUUCAAUCAGCCGAAGUCUACCAAACGUUCGUCAAACGCAGCAAUAGCGAAGACGAAAAUGGGCUGUGGCUGCUGACUCGUCUCUUCUUUGCAAUCGCCAGCCCUGAUGCAUUCUUUCAACUACGGGAUGCCUGCAGUAGCGUCCGGAGAAAGGCGGAUGUUACAGUCCCUCAACACAUCAACACUGUUGCACAGACUGUAGAAGCCCUCGAUAGCUUGGAGACGGCGGCUUCCACAAACGCAAUCCUUCGACGGUAUCACUUGACACGUCUUGUUGAACAUCGCAAUGAACGGGAGAAUCAACAUAGAAUCGAAAGACCGGAGCGGGUAAUACGAAGCCUAAGUAAGACUGUGAAGCAGCAAGAAGGUUUCGGACGCGCGUCGUCAAUGGCCUUGGCUGAUAUCAUGGCGGAGGCUUAUCCUGGGCUGAAGCAACCUUCAAAGCAGAGAACAGCGCCGAAUGCUGAGUAUCAGAGAAGAUAUAAAAUUCUUAAGAACAGACUUUGCAGCGGACGGAACUGGGAUCUGAUGCAGCAGAGAUUUUCACCGGGCAUCCUUGCUUUAGUGCCAACUGGCGGCGAUUACGGGAUCCAAAACUACGAGUAA